AUGGUCUUGACCGGUGUUGUGAAGGGGUAUGACACUGCAAAGGGCUUCGGAUUCAUCGUUCCAACUGGAUCCCGCACGGACCUCUUCGUUCUGUGGAGGGAUGUUAUUGGUGGAACACUGCAGGCUGGAGACAAGGUCACUUUCGACGAAGGCCUGAACGAGCGCACGGGCAGGCCCAAGGCUUUCCGCGUCGCCGGAGGAUCUGGACCGGCACCAGGUGGCAAGGGUGAAAAGGGCAAGAGAGGUGCGAAGCAGUUUCCAGGAGCUGUGAACGGAGGCUUAGUUGCGGGACCGCAUCCCGGUGGGUCCAGCUGCGGCCCUUGCGGCUGCCCGGCUCCUUGUGGCUUGAUGCUAGGUGGGGGCUGCGGCCUUGGCGCAGGUGGUUGUGCAGGCUUGCCAGACGGCAUCAAGUCCGGCGUGGUCAAGAUCGAAACAGCUGCCCCGCAUGCGGAAGGCCAUCUCGCGGAGGUCUACGUCGCGACGGUCGUUGGCGAGGGUCGCGAUGACCAUGUGGUCAGGCACAUCAGGGGCACGUACAUCCGCAACGAUGGCGUGUGGAUUAACGAGCGAGGUGCCACGAUGUACCGUGACGAGAGUGGCUGGUGGAUCGGGCCAAAAGGCUACACUACGGAUGUUUGGGCGUGGGGCGCACACACACGUCCCGAUGUGCCUCAACUGUGGCACAUCCCUGUCGCAGCAAAAAAGGUCCGCUCUUGCUUCCGGAUGACCCCGAAGGUGCUUCAGCUCAGUGAUUACCUUUCGUCGGGGUCCAGCGCAUCCGGCGACAGUCCCCCCCCACCAGCCCCCUUGGUGGCGGGGGAAUGCCGGCGCGAAUGCUGA